AUGAAUAACAUGCAUAACUCCCAAUCAACUUCUAACAUCAACUUUAAUGAGCUUAAAAGAAGGUAUUGUCAAUACAAACCUCAAAUGAGAAAAAUUAAUGAGGAGUUUAAUUACUCUAUGAAUUUAAAAAGAAGAAUAGACAGUUCAUUAUUUUCGUGGAAACACUCAACAACAGAUAGAAACGAUGAACAAGUUAAUGACUCUUAUUCAUGUAGUAAUGAGUCUAAUGAAAAAGCAUUAAUAUUAUAUGAAGACCCAUUAAAAAUAAUAAAUGAUACACUCAUAACGAAACAAAAUAAUUGUUCUGUUCCUAUGAGCAAUGAAAUUUUUAUGGAACUAUGUUAG